CCCAUGGCUUCCCAGGAGAGGGUGGAGACAGUGACCAAAGGAACUGGGUUCUGGCGCUGCCCCAAGCCGGCCACUUACACCCCAGGGACCUGCGAGCUGCUCAGAGCGAUGUUGAAGGAAUCCAAACUGACAAAUUUCCAACAGCGCCACAUCGUGGACACCAUGAAAAGAGGAGACACUCUCCCACUACAGUGCAGCCCAACUUCCAGCCAGAGGGUCUUGCCUUCCAAGCCGCCGGCCUCAGUCAUCUGCUUGCCUCCCAUCCUGGCCUCCCGGUCCCACCUCCGGACUGCCAGCAUGUGCCAAGCCAACGGGACCUACAGCCGGGAGCAGUUGAAGCCUCAAGCCACCCGAGAUCUGGAGAAGGAGAAGCAAAGACUCCAAAAUAUUUUUGCCACCGGGAAGGAGCCAGAGGAACGGAAAAGAAAGUCCCCUCCUGUGCGACAGGAGGACACAGCCCCUGAGCUGGACCGGUGUGAAGAAUUGGUGAAGGAAAUCCAGGAGAGGAAAGAAUUCCUGGCUGACAUGGAGGCCCUAGGGCAGGGCAGACGGUACCGAGGGAUCAUCCUUACUGAAAUCUCCCAGAAACUACAGGAACUGGAAGACCUUGACCACAAGAGGAGUGAGGAACUUAGGAAGGCUCUUGCCACCACUUAAUCUGCCUCCGGAGGGGGGCGGGGGAACCCAACCUCCACCACUGGAGCCCACCCCCUCGCCAAGCAGGGUCACCCCCAGGUCAGCCCACCCACCCCGGCCUUCAGCCAUGUAAAUGGUUGUAUAGCACUGCCCCCACCUAGGGUACCCUGGACAUAGCACCCUAGAAAAUGGACCACAUCUCAGAAAAUGAGCUGAUUCUCCUUGAGACUCUGCCCAGGGAUCCUCGGUCAGCUGAGCCUCUGAGACCCGUCACAGAUACAGACACAGACACACACACAACGAGUCUUUUCUUGGGGAAAGAGCCCCACACACAGUGAAA